GCCGUCUAUCUGAACUGGAUCCCUUCAGCGUGGAUCGGAUCGUCUUGUGUGAGACGAAAUACGUGGCUUCGGCUUUUCUUUGGAACUGGCACGGUUGCUUUGAUUUCAAAUGACACGCUGUAAAAAUGGAGGCAAUGUGCAGUGCCUAAGCUGAAUUUACAUAGCUAAUGUCUGCUAGCUUGCGCUGUUUAUAAGAAAGCCACAUAAGCCGAACUGACGCAGACGCUUGCUAGCACCGAGAAACCAAGGUGCAGCUAGCAGUGUCUUCAAUUUAUAAAGCCAUACCGUCCCCUGACUUGAAGCUACCAAGCUUGCUAUUUAGUUCUAAUGGAGUGCCCGCAUCUCAACUCCAGUGUAUGCCUUGCUGUGGAUUCUUCCCGGUUCCCAAACGGCUCUCCGUCUUCCUGGUGCUGUAGCGUUUGCCGGUCAAACAAAAGCCCCUGGGUGUGUCUUACCUGCUUGAACGUGCAUUGUGGAAGGUAUGUGAAUGGUCAUGCGAAGAAGCACUUUGAGGACACACAGAGCCCUGGGGGCAGCCAGAGGAGAUGUGAGAAGCAGGAGAAGGAGAGGACGCAACACUCGGUCUGCAUGGACUGCAGCAGUUACAGCACGUACUGCUACAGGUGCGAUGACUUCGUCGUAAACGACAGCAAGCUGGGCCUGGUGCAGAAGGUGAGGGAGCACCUGCAGAGCUUGGAAAACUCUGUGUUUGUGGCCCAUCGCCAUAGGAAGAGGAAGCUGCUGGAUGGCUCGCCUCUCAACAGUAAGCUGCUAAAAGACAGUGGCGGAGCCUCUGCUCUCUGCGCCACCGGCCUUCGGAACCUGGGGAACACCUGCUUCAUGAACGCCAUCCUGCAGUCCCUCAGCAACAUCCAGCAGUUCUGCUGCUAUUUCAAAGAGCUGCCGGCGGUGGAGCUGCGCAGUGGGAAGACUGCAGGGAGGAGAAUGUACCACACCAGGAGCCAGGGGGAUUCCAGUGUCUCCCUCGUGGAGGAGUUCCGGAAGACUCUCUGCUCCCUCUGGCAGGGCAGCCAGACGGCCUUCAGCCCCGAGUCCCUGUUCUACGUCGUGUGGAAAAUAAUGCCAAAUUUCAGGGGGUACCAGCAGCAGGACGCCCACGAGUUCAUGCGCUACCUGCUGGACCACCUUCACCUGGAGCUGCAGGGGGGCCGCAACGGGGCGGCCCGCUCCACCCUCCCCCAGGACGGGGUCAAGCUCCCCGCCGGGGGCAAAUGCUGCAUAAAUGGGACCUCCACUGUGGUCACCUCCAUAUUCGGCGGCAUGCUGCAGAACGAGGUCAACUGCUUGAUAUGUGGGACCGAAUCCCGCAAGUUUGACCCAUUCCUCGACCUUUCCUUAGACAUUCCCAGCCAGUUCAGAAACAAGCGAACAAAGAAUCAGGAGAGCGGACCAAUUUGCACCUUGCGCGACUGCCUGCGCAGUUUCACAGACCUGGAGGAACUUGACGAAACGGAGCUCUAUGUGUGCCACAAGUGUAAAAAAAGACAGAAAUCCACCAAGAAAUUUUGGAUCCAGAAGCUGCCGAAGGUCCUUUGCUUGCACCUGAAGCGAUUUCACUGGACGGCCUAUCUCAGGAACAAGAUAGACACCUACGUGGAGUUCCCGGUGCGAGGCUUGGACAUGAAGGGCUACUUGCUGGAGCCUGAGAACAGCGGUCCAGAGAGCUGCCUAUAUGACCUCGCUGCGGUGGUGGUGCAUCACGGGUCUGGUGUGGGUUCGGGACACUACACUGCCUACGCCUCUCACGAGGGCCGCUGGUUCCACUUCAACGACAGCACAGUGACGCCGACGGACGAGGACACGGUGGUGAAGGCCAAGGCCUACAUCCUCUUCUACGUGGAGCGGCCGGCUAAGCCAGGCGCCGAGCCCAAACUUUAACGUCCACGCGGCCCAGAGUCCCCCCCCCACCCCACCCCCCAUACGACAGGACGAUCACACAGUGCUCCGUCACCCUCAUCCCACCCACACAGCUUACCUCCUUUCACCGUGCACUUUCCCCUCCAUUUCUCUCCCGCUCUGUAUCUGUACUGUUAUCAUUUCAAAGUGAAUUUAAAAAAAAAUCUCAUCCGUGAACCUCGGCAAAAAUCUUAAUUGCUGCUUCUUUUCUUUUUUCCUUUUUAAGAAACAUUAUUAGUGACUCAUUGUUUGCCUAUGCCUUGCCUCAUAUUACAUUCCUCUCUCCUGAGGCUUAUUUCCUCUUGUCAUAGAUUCCAAAGGAAAUUGUUUACUUUGUUCUCAGUGAAAGUGAGGUCCUGAAGACUGAGGACACGUUGUGUGUUCACCGCAGCUACAGAGCACAGCCCUGGAAUCUGUAGUUCCCCUCACAUGUGCAUUCACUGCCUGACUCGCCCACUGAGUGUGUGAGCAGAAUCCACAGUAAUGGCAUUUCACCACUGGGGGGUGAAAGAAGACUAGCAAUUUGAAGCGUUUCUGCUCUGAUCCCGUUUUAGCCUGAAGAGGUAGUUCAACGUGACCUGUUUCCUGUAGCUGUGUAAUUACAUGUCGGCCUGCCAGUUUGAUUGUCAUCUUUACUACCAUGACUUCAGUGGCGAGCAGGCCAAUGCCUCUAAGCAGUACUGACUGAGCCAUCAAUGCAGUUUCAAGUAGACAGCAGGCUUCUGCUGGUGCCUUCAAAAUGAUGUUGUGCAUAUGUAGGACACCAACAUUCACCAGCAAAUGGUGUGAACGUCCUCCCUAAACGAUUGAUUUAACCUUUGAGCUGCUUAUGGUUUGCGUGCACUUUUGAAAAGAUGUGGGUGCACCAAACUUAACGUCACGAUAGACCGAUGCAUGUGGAGUGGGUUGCAAGAGGACUUUAGGUCCCUUCAUGGGGUCUCGAACGCAACUUUUUUUUUGUUGUUAAAUAAUGAACCAAUUAAAUGUGAAAACUGCCUUUUGUAGGAAGAGCAUCAGUGUAUCAUUUUUUGCUUGUUCUUGAUAAUCCGUUGUGUGUUUUUUAGUGGGAGUUUAUUGUGAUGUUUUUGAAAUCAUAAAUGUUCAGUAUAUGAUUAUCAUGCACUAUUUAGAAUAAUGCUGCCAGAAUUAUUUGUAAAGGGGGAGAACAAGGUUGUGUUUAUUGUCGAGAAUGCAGUCUUUCACUUUCGUUUCUUUUAAAUUAGGUAGUUCCAAGUUCAGUUACUUGGAGAGAUGCAAAUGGAAUGGAGCUGGUAGGUUAUUACUGUCUGUCCUGCGCCACUUUGCAUUUCUUCCCUGAAAAUUCCACUGAUCCCAGGCGUGUACCGGUGCUCCUCAGCCAUACGCUGCUCAGUGCUGAUCAGAGUGGUCUGGUGAUCUCCAUCAAAGGAAGGGGGCUCAGUGUGUUGAUGCUCUCAGACGUGACCCAAAUAUAGGUUGCUCUUGUCUUUUUUCAUGAAAUAAAAAGGACAAAGUCUUGCUGCUUUUA